CCAGAGGUUCGAGGAGGCGCUCAGAGCCAGGGAGUCGCGGCGGCGGCGAUCGCUGCCAGCCAGCAUCGGGGAAAGGCGGCAGCGGCGGCGGCGGCGGCACCUCUUCUGCUUUGACUGGCGUCCCGACGACACGCGUUUCGUUACGAAGCCCAUUCUCACGGUUGCGAGUUCGCACUCCCUUGUAUUUGCCGUUUCUCUUUCUCGUGUAGUUCUUCGAAGAAGGAAAGAGCGUAGAAAAAAAACUGGAGUAAAGCAGCAAAAUGAUGCUCCAACACUUGGGCCAGGUGUCUGCUUCAGAAGUCAGUGCUUCUGCAAUUAUUCCAUGCUUGUCUCCUCCGGUUUCCCUGGGCUUUGAAGAUUUCACAAAUCUGACCCCUUUGGUAAAAGAGGAAUUAAAAUUUGCCAUCCAGAAUAAGUGCCUUUCUCAGAGGAUGCCCUCCACCUUGGAUACAGUCAUGGUUUCUGAUAGAUCUGGUGAAACAUCUAUUUUAAAAAGAGAGUGUGCACCCCAGGAAGAUGAUAGGAAAAAACGUCGGAGAGAACGAAAUAAGAUUGCAGCAGCAAAAUGUCGAAACAAAAAGAAGGAAAAAACAGAAUGCCUGCAGAAAGAAUCAGAAAAACUGGAAACAAUCAAUGCAGAAUUGAAAGCUCAGAUUGAAGAGUUGAAAAAUGAGAAGCAGCACUUGAUCUACAUGCUCAACCUACAUAGACCCACCUGUAUUGUCCGUGCCCAGAAUGGUAGGACCCCAGAGGAUGAAAGGAACCUUUUCAUUCAGCAGAUCAAAGAGGGAACCUUGCAAGGCUAAACAAUAACAAUAACAAUGUUCUUUAGCCAUGCUUCUUAUCAUUAAAACAACAACUUGCCAUCCCAAGUCAGAAGCCACGGAGAAGAUAUUUCAGCCUUUGUGGCCUCCAUUUAGUCAAGAGAAGAUGGAUCUGACAUGAUUUUGCUGAGAAGAAAGGACUGUGGUAGCUUAGCUUCAGCGUUUCUUAGCGAAGACUCAGUUGGGUGGAAGAGAGUCACAACCUUUGCUCCAGGUCUAACCAGCUGCCACACUUGCUAUCCUAGAAGCAAUAUGGCUCUAGACUACUGGCAUGCAUUAAACUCCUGGUGGCAUGCACUUGCAAUGUUUCUGGUAGGGCCGAAGGGUUCUCUAUGAUGCACAUCUGAUGAACUGCCAAGCUGAAAGGAUUCCACUCGCUAGAUAGGGAAUGUAGGUGGACUGGGUUGUGUUCUGUUUGUUUUGUUUUAUACUUUCAAAGAAAGGAGGUUAGCAACUUCCAGAACUCUGUUUUCAGUUCCAAAAGGCAUUGCAAUAUAAUGGGAAUUGCUAUGUUUCUACAACUAAUGCAAGAUUUAACGUGGGCACUGCACUUUGCUAAAAAUGUUUUUAUAAAAGCCCUUCUAUGGGUUUUCGAUUAUUCAAGUUAGAGAUGAUUGUAGGACAAGCUUCAGUGUAUUGCAGAAUUGCUCACUGAGUUAAGCACUCUUGGCUUACUUUAAGAAGGUGGAAUGUCCCUUUCAAAACUCAAUUAAUGAGUCACAUGCA